UUUCUGUGUUUUCCUAGAGCGGGGAAAGUCCCUGCGGUCAGAGCUCAGUCAGAUUGCCUGAGAGCUCAAGGCAAGGUGAUGAAAUACUACGAGUUGAUAACUAGAAAAAAUGUGGUAAAUGGAGUUAUAGGAGCUUCGGCCCUCUAUCUUGUGUCCAAGACUCUCCUAGCAAUGCUCAGAAGUCCCCCCUUCAACCUGGAGUCAAGCAGCAUAAACAGACGUUGUGUUGAAUAUUACCCAAUUCCAUCUAUAAGAGUGAAAGUUCCUGGAGAACUCAGGCGACUCCUGCAGUCCCUCGGUCCAAGCUUAGAUACCAGCUCCAAGAGGACAACGCUUAAUACCAUCACACAGUGUAUCCAUCUAAAGGAAUCAGAGGCAAAUUCAUGUACCAACGAUGACAUAAAAUUGGUGGCAUCAUUCCUGGAUGAUACGGAUAGAGUCACCCAAACUGAGGCACUGAACGCCCUCAAAGCCUUCACUGCCGUCUGGAGGUUCAAAAUCAAAAUCCAGGAAUAUGUCCCCAAGGUCGUUGAGCUGGUGACCAGCAGCUGGGAUGCCAAUAUGCAGGUUGCUGGGUUAAGGCUGCUGAAUGGAUUGAAUAUACCAGAUCAAACUCACCCUCUGCUGAAAAGGCUGCUACCAAACUUCAUGGAUAUUCUGUUCAUGGCUAAUACUUUGGCUAAGGUGCAAGUUCUCAAGUUCCUCAGCACACUUGCCCAGAAGGAAGACAUGCUGUACGACAUCAUGAAUUGUCGGGCACCACCUCAGUUCCUGAACUUCAUCCAACCUUCUCUCCCAACGAACCUGCUUCUUGAGAUGUUAGUCUUUGUGGAGCGGCUUAACGAGGGGCGCCUGUCUCCACAAUACCAGUCGGUUCAGUGGCAGUACACUGAUCACUCCAUUCAUGAAAUCCUCUUUGGUGACAACUCCCACCUAUCCAACUGCUUGCUCACUCUCAUCAUUCACCCAGAGGAGGAGAUCCAGAUUCAGGCUUGCAAGGUCAUACUCAGCCUCCGGCUUGACAAAGAUGAGAGCAGGGUGGUCAGUGGACUCCCCUUUGGGGCCAACAUCAGCGCCUACCCCCUUGAAUCAACGAGAAUUAGCCAAGUCCCAGGCAGCAGCUCUGGCAACCAGUCUUUUAGUCCCAGCACCCUCUCUUCUGGCACUGUGGACUUCUCCGUAGACACUACCCAGGACAACAGUGGCUACAGCUUUCACCCCCUCCAAGGCACCGAUGAGACUGGCCACAGCUUCUAUCCCCUCGAGAGAGCUGACCACAGCUUCCACCCCCUUCCGAAUGUCAGUGUCAACAGCAGUGACCAUGUCCUUGAUGACCCCAGAGGCAGCUUUCGUCCUCUUCCAGCUGAUGUCUCAGGUGAUGAUGACAGCAGCAUUUGA